CGCUUGAAGACACUUUUUGUACUUAGGAAUCAGCAGUUUCUUAUCCGUCAUCUGUUUUUUCAUCCUUAAUUUGACCAAUUCAAAUGAAACUGUAGAAACACCAUAUUCGACUUCGUCAUUAAAACCAAACCCUUUUGUCAUCUUUAAUCCUCCAACUACUCUCCCUCUCUAAUUUAAUUCAUGCUUUGUUAGUUUCGCUCUCAUUCUCGUCUUUUUCUCUUGUUUUAAAGAUCAUUUUUGCAGUCUCUCUUCUCUCUGUUUUCCAAGAAAAAGAGAAGAAGAUGAGGAGAAAUCAUAUGGCGUUUGUUCCUACUGUCUUGAAGAUUUUCUCUGUAAAUUUUUUCUGGGUUUUGGUUUUCGGUUGCUGUUUUGUGUCUCGGGCUCAAGUCUUGCCUCCAGAUGAAGUGGAAGUUCUUCGAACAAUAUCAACAAAAUUGAACAUUCCAUGGAACGUCACCCAAGAUUCUUGCGACAAAGAAGAGUGGAAACGAAUCAUCCAAGAGGGCGCCAUUGAUAUUCUAAGUAAUGUUUCGUGCAACUGUUCAUUUGAAAACGGCCGCGUUUGUCAUGUCACAAACAUGUUGGUGAAGGGUUAUAACUUGACUGGAGUUCUACCCACUGAAAUUGGAAAUCUUAGUUUUCUAGUUGAACUUGAUCUCACUCGUAACUCUAUCAAUGGAACAAUCCCUAAAAGUUUUGCUUUGCUCCCUAACUUGCGGACAUUGUCUCUUCUGGGGAACCGUCUCACUGGGCCAAUUCCUGAGGAAAUUGGCAACAGUCCUUCACUGGAGGAAUUGAUCUUGGAAGAUAAUCUUAUUGGAGGACCUCUUCCUUCAAACCUUGGAAAUUUGAGAAGCUUGAAGAGACUCUGUCUUUCUUCAAACAAUUUCACAGGAGUUAUACCGGAUUCAUUUGGCAAGUUAAAGAACUUAACUGACUUUAGGAUAGAUGGGAGUGAACUCUCAGGGAAAAUACCUGAAUUUAUUGGGAAUUGGACCAACCUUGAUAGAUUAGAUUUACAAGGAACAUCCAUGGAGGGGCCUAUUCCAGCUACCAUAUCGCUUUUGACAAACUUAACUGAACUGAGAAUAUCCGAUUUGAAAGGAACAAGUUCAAAUAUCCCUAAUCUUAGAGCUAUGACAAAAAUGGAGAGAUUGGCACUGCGAAAUUGCUUAAUCACCGGUACAAUCCCAGACUACAUUGGGGACAUGACAGAAUUAAGACUACUAGACCUUAGCUUCAAUAAGCUGACAGGCCCAAUUCCAGUCACAUUUUCAAGUUUGAAUAAACUAAAUUACAUGUUUCUGACUAAUAAUUCGCUGACUGGAGCACUACCUGACUGGAUAUUGAGCAGCAAACAGAACUUGGAUGUAUCUUACAACAAUUUUACGGGGUCAGUUACACCUGGCUGCCAGCUGCCACAAGUGAACUUAGUUUCUAGCUUUUCACCUUCUGAGAGCAAUGACAUUUCGUGGUGCUUGAGAAGGGACCUUACCUGCUCCGGGAAACCUGAAUACCAUUCAUUGUUUAUAAAUUGUGGAGGUCAAAAGAUGAGCUCCGAGAAUAAUGAAUAUGAAGAAGACUUAUCUCCAGUGGGGCCAUCUGCCUUUAUAUCUGUAGCGGAGAAAUGGGCUUAUAGCAGUACUGGACUUUAUGUGGGCGAUGACUCUGCUAGUUUUGUAUCAAGAACGAGUUUGGGUCCAAAUGCGACUGGAGCAGGCUUGUAUGAAUCUGCCCGCCUUGCUCCUCAAUCACUCAAGUAUUAUGGCUUGUGCAUGCGUCAGGGAAGCUAUAAAGUGAAGCUUCACUUUGCUGAAACUAUGUUUUCCAAUGAUGACACAUUUAACAGCACUGGAAGACGCAUAUUUGAUGUAUCGAUUCAAGGAAAUGUGGUUUUGGAGGAUUUCAAUAUUAUGGAAAAAGCUGGAGGAGCUGGUAUUGGUCAUGAUGAGGAAUUUGACAAUAUUUUUGUUAAUGAUAGCACACUGGUGAUACAUUUAUAUUGGUUGGGUAAAGGUACUAAUGCAAUUCCAUUCCGAGGUGUCUAUGGACCUCUCAUAUCAGCCAUUACAGUGACACCAAAUUUCAAUGUUGAUGAUGGAGGAGGGUUAUCAGUUGGAGCUAUUAUCGGCAUUGUAGCUUCUUCAUGUCUGGUUAUUGUGCUGAUCUUGAUUGUCCUCCGAUUGAAAGGUUAUUUAGGAGGGAAGGACCUUGAAGAUAAAGAGCUACGUGGACUAGAUCUGCAAACUGGUUAUUUCACUCUAAGACAAAUUAAGCAUGCUACCAACAAUUUCGAUGCAGCAAAUAAGAUUGGAGAGGGAGGAUUUGGGCCAGUGUACAAGGGAGUGCUGUCAGAUGGUGCUAUAAUUGCUGUUAAGCAGCUUUCAGCGAAAUCGAAGCAGGGGAACCGUGAAUUUGUGAAUGAGAUAGGCAUGAUAUCUGCCUUGCAACAUCCUAAUCUUGUGAGGCUGUUUGGCUGCUGCAUUGAAGGAAACCAAUUGUUGUUAGUCUAUGAAUACUUGGAAAAUAACAGUCUUGCUCGUGCACUUUUUGGUCGUGAGGAUCAACGACUCGAAUUGGACUGGUCAACAAGAAAGAAGAUACUGUUGGGUAUUGCAAAGGGAUUAGCUUAUCUCCAUGAGGAGUCAAGGCUGAAAAUUGUACACAGAGACAUUAAGGCUACCAAUGUGCUUCUGGAUAAGGAUUUAAAUGCUAAGAUAUCAGAUUUUGGUUUAGCCAAACUUGAUGAAGAAGAGAACACCCAUAUCAGCACAAGAAUAGCCGGAACAAUAGGUUAUAUGGCUCCAGAAUAUGCAAUGAGAGGUUACUUGACUGAUAAAGCAGAUGUUUACAGCUUCGGAGUUGUUGCUCUGGAGAUUGUAAGUGGGAAGAGCAACACCAAUUACAGACCAAAGGAGGAGUUUGUUUAUCUUCUUGAUUGGGCUUAUGUGCUGCAAGAGCAAGGAAACCUUCUGGAACUUGUGGAUCCAAGUCUUGGAUCAAACUACUCAAAGCAAGAGGCAAUGAGAGUGCUUAACCUGGCUCUGUUGUGCACCAACCCAUCUCCCACAUUGAGGCCAUCAAUGUCUUCUGUAGUGAGUAUGGUGGAAGGCAAAAUUCCAGUCCAAGCUCCGAUUAUCAAGCGCGGUUCAAUAGAUCAGGAUGCAAGGUUUAAAGCCUUUGAAAUUUUGUCACAUGACAGCCAAACUCACAUCUCCAAGUUGUCUCAUGAUAGCCAUGAUCAAAGAAGCAUGUCAAUAGAUGGACCUUGGAUAGAUUCCUCAGUUUCUCUCCCAAGUCACGAUGCUUCACAAGAGCAUUCAUCAAGUAAGCUUCUUAAGGAUCUUUAUGAUGUUAACUUGGAGUAAACUACAGUUGGUCAUGUUUUCCCUUUGUUUCUUUAUUUUUUGAUUUUUAAGUUAUGAAAGAUGUGUUAGAUUCUUGUGUCCAUGAUAAUACAAGUGUGUAAAGCUUCUUCCUUUUUC